AUGUCCGGCGAUCUUGAUCUCACCAACCGCGACCCCAACAACCUUAACGACCAUAUCAAGGUUAAAUUCGAGGAUGUUCUUGCUGAACCGGAAGGAGCGCACUCCAUCGACUGUGUCUGGAAGCUCUCAUACACGUGCUUCUCAUUGUGGCUUGGACUCUGUUACAAGAUUUCCACCCUUCUAUGUGGUAUCUGCAUCGCCGCCGAGUGGGGCUGCGAGUUCGCCUCAGUCGCCUUCUACCAUGUCUGGUUCAUCACCCCGAUGUUGAAGAUGUGCGAGAUGAACUGCGCUGUAUGCACGAAGGUUAUGCGCACUUGGCUGUCUUGCUGCGUCGAGCCAUGCUGCGAGGCGUGCGGAGCCCUGUUCCACCACUUCAAGAAAUAAACACUCACUAUUUCAUAUGCAUCAUUACAUUAUAGAGAUGAGAUUUGAUGAGAUAGAUUUCCGAAAUACUGAGUUAACAGUAUUCGAAAAUCUGAUUCACAAAUAAUCUGUGAAUCCUAUAAUAUAUAACA